AUGACAGCUGGGGUGUCUCCCCACUUGGACACGCUGCGCAUCGCCGCGGGGCCGCGUUUCAGUCUGACGACAGCGCGCGUGACUGGGCCUGGGCAAAGGGCAGGGCAGGGCAGGGGAGAUCGGAUGAAGAAAGUACCCUCUUCCCUGCGGUCAUUAUGCGACGACACUGCGUUUUCGGUUAAGCGUGGCGGUGCACACAGUUGGACAGCACGGCAGGGUCACUUACACGAGAGGUGCUGGGGCGCGGCUCAAGCUGCGGCGGCGAAGCAAGUUGCUCGGACGACAACAACAGGGAGUCAAACGGCACUGGGAGACGUCAAUCCUCCACCAUGGAAUGAGUAUGUUCUUGCCCCAUAUGACGAUAAGAGAGGCGUUUAUUAA